AAUAGUAUUUAUAAGAUAGAGGCAAAAAAUAUAUUUGACAGAUUCUGUGCAUUUAAGAUUCUUUGAAAAUAAUUGUUUCACAUGAUUUUUGACAUAGGGCAAGAUCAGCACUCAGUAUUACUCAUAAAAUUGCCUUUGUUUUCUGAAAUAAUCAUCAGAAGAAGAAGAGAUGGGAAGCAGGAACAGAGGAGAUGUAAAUUACAGAAAUCCAUGUCUGACAAUGCAUCAACCAUGGGCUUCUUUGCUUGUUUAUGGUAUUAAACGCAUUGAAGGAAGAUCUUGGCCUGCACCCAUUACUGGUCGACUUUGGAUUCAUGCUGCUAGUAAGAUUCCAGAACCAGAAACCAUCAAAGCAAUGGAGGACUUCUACAGGGAAAUUUAUGCUGUGAAUGGCGUAACAGAUCUCAAGUUUCCCGAGCAUUAUCCAGUUUCAAGACUUCUAGGUUGUGUUGAAGUAGUUGGAUGUGUCACAUGUGACGAGCUAGUCAACUGGGAUCAGAUCCCCGAAGGGGUGAGACUAGAGGGACAAACAAAAUUUUGCUGGCUCUGUGAGCAACCACAGAAACUUAUCGUACCAUUUGAGAUGCGAGGGUUCCAAGGUGUUUAUAACUUGGAAAGAAAGAUAUAUGAAGCUGCAAUCCGAGGUAUUUCUCCAGUUGUGCCCCCACUUCCAGUGAAAUUUCCCCUUCCAAAUCCGCGGGAUCCUUUCUCAUUGAAGCCGAGAUCCCUUGUUUCCUCCCCAAGUAGCUCUAGUACAUCUGAGGUAAACAACCGAUCUGAAAAUCUUGUUGCUGCAAUAGCUGGUGCACGAGCGGCUGCCACACAGUUUUCUAAGAAUGGCAAUCCCCCGUCCAAUACAUUCGAGGUAGGAGAUGAUUCAAGGGCAGGAAAAAGGUAUCGGAGGGCUCAAUGAUGCGCGAGUUGCUGGAAAAGCUUGGUCAAAUAACUUCAUUGUAAGUUAGUUUAUCAACAAUUAUGCAGUAUAGUUAUUUAGUUGGGGUUUUGUUGUUAUGGUUCUAAGUUUCAUUUGAAAUUAUGAUAUGUAAAUUGCUGGUCAAAAUGUUCAUGUCAUGUGUAUCAUAUUCUCUUCUGCUUUUGAUCUAAUUGGAAGUUAUGAGAAAGGAAAA